AUGCCCGUUAGGAGCGCAGUGCCAGGUCCACUGUACUCCCUUGAGUCAAACGAGCGCGCAAGCGUCUGUCGGCAGCUGAGGAGGACAGAGACAAGGGGAGAGUUGGGGGGCUCCAGCGAAGGCGGUGAGGACCAGGAACGUUCGUUUUCAUACUGGCAAUCUGCCAGUGGCAAGCGGUUGGACAUUUGCAGUCGUCGCAUUCCUUUGUCUUAUAUUAAUUCUACAUUCGAUAUGGCUAAGGAGAGGCUCGAAACAUGA